GCACACUUGAUGUGAAUCACUUAGUAUAAGACUCGUAUGCGACUCGAUCGAAAAUGAACGCCAAAAAGAAGAAGAAAAGCUUAAAUUCCUACUUGCAUUGCUCACAAUGGCGAGUGCCGACUGGAAGCCACUUUCAGCCUCUGUCUCCUUGUAUCAGCCAUAUGAUUCCAGUCCGCCGCCAACCUCACCAAGCCUCAUCGUCCUCUGCACCUGGUUUGCAGCACAAGAGUCGCACAUUGCCAAGUACACCAGUCCGUACAUUUCCUUGUACCCAUCGUCGCCGAUCCUCAUCAUCCGCUGUCCGGCGUCUCACCUCUACACGCCCGGUGCAGUAGCCCGGGAUCUGACGCCCGCAUCAACCUACUUGGAAUCUCACGCGGAGCAGUAUCCCAACAGGAAGAUUAUAUGCCAGAUCUUUUCCAAUGGAGGCACGGGCGUGUUCGCCUACUUGCACAAGAUGCUCCGGGUUCGAUUGCCGCCUAGAGUCCUCGUCCUCGAUUCGUGCCCUGGCUACUUCCAUUGGAUGAGAACGCACAAGGCCGUCAUGGCAUCGACGCCAGCCCUUCUCUCGCCUGUCGUCCAUUUUGCCAUAGGGGUGGAAGUUCUACUACACCGUCCUUGGGGCUAUGAAGCUCCCCAGAACGCGGCUACCAUGCUCCUGAAUUCACCAGAACUCACAGAUGGUGAACUGUGGAGGCUAUACCUCUACGGCACGGGUGAUGAGAUGGUGUCGUUUGAGGAUGUCGAGCGUCACGCGCUCGAGGCUGAGGUAGACAGGUACCUUGUUGUGAGGAAAGAAUGCUUUGAAGGAAGCAAACACGUCGCCCACGCAAGAGAGGAUGCGGACAGGUACUGGCGCUGCAUCAGGGAAGUCUGGACAGAUGCCCUAAAUGAGGACAGAGUAUCUGGCGCGGUUGCAGGGGCUGAGGUCGUAGACAAAUCUGGGAUCGGAGGCCUGGUGGCACCAUAGAGACAACAGAUUAGACGAAAAUCAUACUGUACACAUUAUUAAGCUGUCAAUUCUACGGAAGAGACAUGCUCCCAUGCCCAGCCCGCGCAUCGUAAGCAGUACCGUUGAUCGAUUCCAGACCAACCCCCCGGACCAUUCAUCCCAAAACGUAACGCAGCGGAUGAGCAAGAUGAGUUAUAAAUCAGAAUGUGAGAGAAUCACAACUGGACGGAAGGAGAACCCGAAUGGGCAGCACAUUACACGUCAAGGCUCGUCGAAAGAGUCCCAAAAUGCGCCGCCGCGCCACGCCAUUAGAAGCAGAUACCGAAGCCACCGAAAGAGAAGGCAGACCACAUGGGAGAAGGCUUCAGUGGUCGCCCUCGACAUGUGUGAAGACUGUACGUCA